AGGAAGCCUCGUACACUAGACUGCUAUUAUUACACUGGGUCGCUGGCUUAGACUCAGUCGGUGUUGGCUCCCUGAACCGCGAGAACGUCUCCGCGAACACCUGAGAACGCCGUUCGCCGGCGAUUCGCGGCGCGUUCAGUCAUCUUCCAGUGCCACUGGUACCGCGUAUCUCUGUGUCUGCUGCUCGAGCUUCGGUCCCUGGUACACGUGAACCCUCGUACUCGGUGGAUAGACGCGAUCCACGAUGCCGUACUACGGGGAGGGUCUGCCCUAUUACUAUGGGGGACCCUACGCGACCCACAGCUCGCUCAUGACAAGCACUCCUAGAGCCUUUCACACGCCGCUGUCGCGGUUUUCCCCGCAUCUGUCGACGAUCUCUGAGUCACCCCUGAGCACGUUGCGCCGCUAUUCGCCCGUCUCGGUCCCAACCCGACCCAGACGCGUCAUCGACACCGCGGACAUCGACGUCUCGACGCCUCGAAUCCUGUCGGGCGACGGGAACCAGAGGAGUCGACUGCGUCGCGACAGGCCCACCAUAAAAAUCAGGUCUCAAGCUUUGAAGGACAAUCCAGCAUUGCGCGAGCACAACGAGAGGCACGAGAAGUCCGUGGGCGAGUUGCUGGUGGAGAAGUUUCUCAUCAAGGACAAGAAGCUCGAAGAGGCGGAGCCGCGUCUUCAACUGUUCCACCAAGUCAGCCCGGAGAAGGAGGACGACGAGGAGCUGCAGCAGGCGCAGAAGAGGAUCACCAGACGAUUCACGCGACGAAGAUCCUCCGCGGACAUCCAGUUGGAUCCCGAGCAGCUGGAGAGGGAGGUGGCGUACGCCCAGGUGCAAGCGAAGGUCUUGGACACUCUGGUAGCCGAAGAGCAAGCAGAGAUCGAGAACGAGGUCCGUCGCGGGACUUUGAUCAAGAAGGGAACCGUAGGUGGGCCGAGGAACGUCGCUGGAUUCUUCAGAUCCGAUGGAGAGUCCGUGUCCCAGGGGGAGGAGGAGGCUGCCGCACAGAAGAUGAGGAAGAGCUUGAAAAAGGUGAAGAAAAAGAAGAGAUCCACCGAGAAGCCAUCGCCACCCGACGACGAAGAGAGAGAACGCAGGUCCAGCACCUCCAGCGACGUGUCCGUGGACCUGCAGAGGGAGGACAAGACGGAUCGGAAGCAGCCCAAGUCUCAGAUGUUCAAGAUAGAGGCCAGCAACAGCGUAGGAGACUUCUCCACCAUCGUGGUGGACGCCAGACCAGACGAUCGCGUGAAAAUCAUCGAACAAUUCAGGGAGAGCGUGAAAAUCCCCGUGCCCAGGAAAAUGGGGAUACGCAAGAUCGAGAGGGACAGCGUCGAGGAGGAAUCCGAGACGGAAGUGGUGCUACCUGUCAAGAGGCCUUACGUCAAGGACACCUCGAGGAACAGCGUGCACUUCACGGUGAGGACGCCACCGGAUUCUACGAAAAAUGAUCCCUUAAAAAUGUUGGACAACGUUGCAAACGGAGUGCAAAAAAAGGACGAAAGAGACAUUUCGUCGAGUAUCAAAGAUGAUACACCCGAGGCUACCAAGAAACCUGAGAGCCCUGUUUCUAAGACGCGUCCCGCGUUCAAAGACGGGAAGCUGAAGAAGGAGCUGGUAUUAAAGAGUCCAGAAAUCCUGAAACAGACCAAGAAUGGGCUGUCGGACAAGGGAGGGUUCGAGUUGUCCAAAAAGGAGACUAUCAGAACCGAUACACCCGAAAGUCCGAGGACACAGAGCAAACCGCAGGACCAGAAUGUUCCAAGCUUCUCAAAAUCUGAGACUCCUUCGGGGAACGAAGAGUCGAAGGACGCGGGCUCCGAGAUAACAAAAACGGGCAAGAAUGUUUCACAGGAUACAGAUUUCUCCAACUACUCGAAGAACGAAACAACUGUAAACGAUGGUUCGGAGGUUGGAUCGCAGGAUAAACGGGGUUUUAGCUUUUCGAAGUUUCAGACGUCGAAGAAGGAGGUAACCAAGGACGAUUCCGCAGAAGUCCUCGAAUCGAACGAGAUUGGAUUCCAGAACAAAAGAAUUUCGAACUUCUCGAAGCCUCAGGGGACGAAGAGGGAGAUUACCAAGGACGAUUCGUCAGAAAUCCUCAGACCAAACGAGAUUGGGUCUCAGGACAAAAGGGGUUUAAGCUCCUCGAAGCCUCAAGCUAGUACGUUAAAGAAAGAGGCAGCCAAAAGCGAUUCCUCCGAACCUGAACCGCGGGACAAAGUUGAUCCAAGCUUCUCAAAGACUCGGGCUACUCAAGAAAGUACACUUAAGAAAGAGGCGACCAAAGACGCGACUGAGACCCUCAAACCGAAGACUGAACCUCAGAAAGGAAAGCUAAAUUUGUCAAAGACCCAAGCACCUCCACCGUCGAAGAAAGAACCAACUCGAGACGACAGUUCUGAUAGGCCUGCAUCAAAGAAAGAGAUAACCACGAACGACACCCCUGGAAUCCUCGAGUCGAAGACUGAACCACGGGAUAGAAAAACGACCGCCUACUCGAAGACUCAAACCGCUCCGUUGUCGAAGAAGGACGACAGCCCUAAUAAAACGCUGAAGCAGAGCAAGAGCGUACCAAUGGACGAGGCAUCGAGCUCGAAGAGUCGCGCAGCUUCCACGCCGAAGAAAGAAGAAGCUGAAAGGAGGGCAGAGCCCUCGAUACCCAGAAAGCCCCCUCAGACGACGCAGAAGACCGAAGCGUCGAUCGCGACGCUAGCUGUUGACCCGCUCGCGCUCGCUCGCGAGGCCAGCGCCAACGGAGCGCUCCCGUCGCUGCCAAAACCGUCUAAAAUUAAUGCGGAUGAAAAUAAUGCCGUAGAAGCGCCAAAGCUAUCGUUACGAGACGCGGAGUACCUGGCAAACGCGACGAAAAUCGAGCGUGACGAGAACGUCGGUCCGUUGCCGGGAAAGAAGACGAACAAAGCGGUGACCUUGACGAACGCUUCCUCGUCGAGGGUGCCUGGCGGGCCAACCGUCGCGGACCCGACCGAGGAACACCCGAAAGCUGAGAAUCGAUCGGGAAAGACCAUCCCCGAUGACGCAACAGCUCCGACGAAGCUCGUGACGCAAGCGACCUUGUCGAAAGCUCCCAAGUGCGACGCGACAGACGAUUCGUUAAGCGCGUCAAAAGAUAUCGAUAAAGGUGACAAGGUGAAAAGUGAUACGAGUGCUCGAAAGUUUGCGAGAAAGGACGAGGAACCUUCGAAGAUCCCUUUCAGGCUAAAGAAGAUCGGGAAAGAGUUAGCGUCGGAGGACGCGAGAACAGAAGUCCCCUGGAGAACCAAACCGUCCAAGACGAGCGUGUCCAGCGAUGUCCAGCUCAACAGGAGCGUCAGCGUAGAUUCUCAAGGGAAGGAAUCUUCGAUUCGUAAGCCCCUGAAGCAAUCUACCUCCGUGAAUGAGUCCUCGACGAGCAAAAUGCCAGUGGACAAGCAGCAGUCGGUGAAAUCGUUCGAGACCUUGAACGGGGAGAACGGAACGCUGUCGAAGAGCACGUCGACAGAGUCUAUAGACUUCUGGAGUGAAAUUAGAGGCCCUGAGAGCCCGAACGCGGCGCCGCGACGGCCAGUCGAGAACCUCGAGGGAAAAGAACUGGAGAAGAAGAAAGAGGUGGAUCCUAAAAUAAGUGUCGCCAGCGCGACAGUCGGGUCGAGUAACGUGUCCGUAAUCGAAGAGGAGUCGACGGCGUCCAAGGAGACGACUCGAGUUGAGACGGAUGCCGCGGCGAAGAAGGGACCGAAGAGAAAGAAGAACCUCUCGAUAGCGAUCGCGGAAGCUCGGGAGGACGCGUUCUCGACGGUGAAGAGGAGAGAGGACUCGUCGACCUCCACGAACACUCCGGACACUUGCCUGCCCGUUUCGGAGAUCUCCACGCCUGUGUUCGACGUCUCCGUGCCGCUCAUAAACAUCGUCGCGGCCACCACGCCGAUCAAAACGGAGCCGCAGGUUCCCGAGGACGAGGAGGACCCUCAAACACCGACGAACGAGUGGCCAGAGACGGGUCUUUCGAAGAUCUCCAAGUGGAGCAACCAGAACGACCUCUCGAACGCUAACAACGUGGACGUAGAGAUCACUCCAGUCCCGUCCAAGGACGUCAGCGCGACCUGCACCCCCGAAGCCAGUCCGGAGUCGUCGAAGAAGAAGAAAGUGGUCAGAAAGAAGAAGUCCUCGACCACGAAGAAAGGGUCCAGCGGCAAGGAGGCUGGAAAGGAGUCGAAAGAUUCGAAGAAGAGCUCGAGCAAGUCGACGCAGGAGAGCCCAAAGCCACCAGAGCCGAAGAAAGCGAGCCCCAAAGCGACGCCCACUCAGAAACCGCUAGAUCUCAUCAGGAUGUUCUAUACGACGCCCAGCGCGCUGCUCACCGCGACUCCCAGAGAUCUGUCCAAGGUUCGCCGAGCCAAAAUCAAGAGGCGGAAGCAUCACUCGAGGACGCCGUCUGUGAGCAGCGACAGUACCGGAAGCACCACCAGCACCGCCACCACGGAGAGCACCGACGGAAGUCGGUCCACCUGCACGGAGCUGGACGACGACCCCGACAAGAGAAUGAACUCCACCAGGAGCAACGACUCCGGAUUCGAUGGUUCGCCAAGGAUAUCGACACCCUCGCAAUCGUCGGAUACACAAAGGAACUCGGACUCGUCGGACCAUUUUCCAAGCGGACGGAUCACGCCGCCAGCGACAAACCUGCCAAGAUUCAAGAAGUAUGCGGUGACGGACUUCAAUUUCCUCAAAGUCCUAGGCAAAGGCAGCUUCGGGAAGGUGUUGCUGGCCGAGUUACGUGGCACGGAAUGCGUGUACGCGGUAAAGUGUCUAAAAAAAGACGUAGUCCUCGAGGACGACGACGUGGAGUGCACCUUGAUCGAGAGGAAGGUCCUGACGCUAGCCACGAGGCAUCCGUACCUGUGUCACCUGUUCUGCACCUUCCAAACGGACUCCCACUUGUUCUUCGUGAUGGAGUACCUGAACGGUGGCGACUUGAUGUUCCACAUUCAAAAGUCUGGCCGUUUCUCGGAGACUCGGGCUCGUUUCUAUGCUGCCGAGAUCUGGUCGGGGUUGAACUUCUUGCACAACAAGGGCAUUGUCUACAGAGACCUAAAAUUGGACAACGUGCUGCUGGACUUCGAGGGCCACAUCAGGAUCGCGGAUUUCGGCAUGUGCAAGCUCCAGAUCUUCCUCGACAGGACAGCUGACACAUUCUGCGGCACACCGGACUACAUGGCCCCCGAGAUCAUAAAGGGACUAAAAUACAAUCAGGCCGUGGACUGGUGGUCGUACGGUGUGCUGUUAUACGAAAUGCUGACGGGACAGUCGCCGUUCUCCGGCUGUGACGAGGACGAGCUAUUUUGGAGUAUUUGUAACGAAAGGCCGUUCAUACCGCGCUACCUGAGCCAAGAAGCCACGGACAUAGUGGUCUGCCUUCUGGAAAAGGACUCCGGGAAGAGACUGAUCGGUCGCGAGAUCAAGUUGCACGGAUUCUUUCAGUCGUUGCCAUGGGAUCGGCUGGAGGUCAGGCAGCUGGAAGCGCCGUUCAAGCCAGCCCUGGAGCACACCCUGGACACAAAGUACUUCGACACGGCGUUCACCGCGGAACGACCGCGUCUGACCCCGGUGCCUGACCAGAUUCUCACAUCGAUGGACCAGGGCGUCUUCCGAGAAUUCUCCUACACGAAUCCGAACGCGACAGACUGAACAGUGCUUCGAAGGACGUCGAGCAGUCCAACUGUACAGUUUCGCGCGUUGACGACGGUCAACGUCGCGUUCCUCCCAUGUAGUGUCCGAUCAGGCACCGACAACCUCUCGAAAGCCGAACUGGACCUUGAUUUCCUCGCACGGAACAAAAGGUGAGCGGUUACUUUCGUACAUCCAUGGAAACUUGGAAACCAACCGGACGUUUCUUAGCUGCGGGGACGCAGCCAGGAAUCGGUUGACCAGUCGCUACUUCGAGCUCGAGGAUCGAUCGAGCCGACUCUGCCGUGAGGAGAAGAAACUUUAAACUGUGCCAAUGUUCCUGAACAGCUUGUACUCGCGAGGAGUCAGGCCACAACGACGAUACUUUGCUAGGUUUUUAUAACGUAGGGGCUGCGUUUCGUCGAUAGAGCAGUUAGACUAGUCUCCAGUGGAACGUACCAGGUGGAUUCCUGGUACCUUCAGGCCGUCCCUGGCUCGCCAAGCUUGGCCGUGUACAGUAGAACCUCGAUAGAUGCAGAGAAGAAGUAGAAAUCGUUGCUCGUUAACGAGGGAUGUUUAAAACGAGACUGUCGAGACAAUUGCACGAGAGUUAAUUUAAAGGCACUGUAGUCGAAGGCUUUUUUUAAUGCGACUUCUUAGUACAGUCACACCUCUCUCGAUAGGACAGGCUCUUCAUCUUCUAAAAUGUGAAUUUGUCUAAAAAUCUUUUAUACUUGAGAUAGUUGUUCCAUGGGUUUAUUUAAUGUUCGAUUUCAUCGAAAGGUCGCUUGAUUGUUCUUUCAUUAAGUAUGAAUCGUACGAGCCUAUUUAGAUUUAAAUUGUCAACUCUAGUUUUAUGAAAUUUAUAUCAAAGUUUUGCAUUUUUAACACAGACCCUUACGGAUCAUACAGAUUUUCACGUGAAGUUUUCCAAUUUAAAUGAUAAUGGAAUUUAGAAAUUUGUUUUACAGGCAAUGUUGCCUGUUAUUCCAAUUGUUAUUUAUCGCUAGAUUGCGAAUGUUUAUGUAUUUAUGGGAAAAGAAAAUGUGGGAAAUUGUGCAAAGAUACGCAUAAACGCAAAAAUAUAUAAGAUAUAAGUAAUAAAGUACAGGCUGCGCUGUUUAGAAGAUAAAAUAUUUCAUUCGAAUCGCGAGUCUUUAUUUAAGCCUGUAAAAAUAUAAAUUUGCAUAAACAUUCGCAGUUUAUUAGUCACUGAAGAAGUCGAACGCACAUUAUGGAUAAUAGCGAGGAUCGAUGGUACAAGUAAGGUUCCUCGAUGGAUUACCUAUCUAGUUAGGAACUUACAGCCCUAAUUUUCUGUAACUGUCGCAGUUCUACUGUACCUUCUUUUUUAAAUCAAACUUACUCAUGAGUUUACUCAUGCAAAUUACUGUUUAUUCACCGAGGUAUUUUCUUUUUCGACCCUUCGUUCAAUCAGCCAUGGAACGAAAAUUCUAGCGCCGAGUGACAAUCAUGUUUCGAAUAAAACAAUGGACAACGAAUCUCGGAAUUGAAUUGCAAUCGUUAACCAACAUACGUGUACAGUAAUCUGCGGAUAAUAAUGAUGAAAUAUUAAUGAAAAUAAAAAUGUUUAUGAAAGUAUUAUCGAUAAAAUUGUUGAGAUGAAAAAUGAGCCUAAGAGCAACCUUAUUCGAACUACUUUUAAUUAUCAGAAAUCCUUAUUUUAUUUACAUUUCAAAAUAGAAUUAAUACUAGUUUUUCAACGUUUCGAGCCUAUUGAUUAAAUUGUCGUGAUUUAAAAAUUGGAAAUAUUUCAUUAUUCGUAUUAAUUAGUAGAAGUACUUAAACUUACAAUCGAUUAUGUUAUGUAGACUAUACGAUUGUGUUAAAAUGUUCUAUAUGCCAUCGAUAUCAAGAAUUGGAAAAAAUUAAUGUUGCGCCUAUUUCUGUAAUUAUUAGCAACGUUGAAAUUUAUAACCAUAUUAUAUGUACAUUUCUUUCUUGAAACAUGAACAUGUGGUCUACAUAAUCUACAUUAAUUGUCUGUGUUAAUUAUAUUAAAUAUUUAUAAUUUUUAAAUACAAAGUAUUAUUUGAACACAUUUAAGCAGAGUUAUAUCGUUCUUUUCUUGCUCAUGCUAACAUACGAGAUAACAUAAUAGGAAAUUUGUAUAUUUUUAUUCCUUUAUCGAUUUAACAUAUUUAUUCUACAAACAUGUAAAAGUGUACAUAUAAAAUGAACAUGUAAAAUAAUAUAUUGACAAUUGUGCAAACAAGACGAGGUACACAAUAAGUGCCCGUUUCCAACCUACUCACAGCUUAUGAUAUUAAUAUUAUUUCUUAUACCCAACAAAAACAGUAGAAUUAAUGUAAUUGGCGUCGAUCAGAGGGUAAUAUGAUCUUCUUUGAGUACAAUUAUAUCAAUUAAUUAAACCAUUCGCUGUAAUAAUUUAAGAGAGUAUGGAAAUCUCGACAAAAUCUAGUUGAUAAUAAUUAAGUAUAAUAAGAAAAAUCUGUGUCAGAAAUAACCAAGAUUAAAGCGUUGUAUAAUAAUCGUACUCUUCAAAAUUAUACACAUAGAAUUGGAUAA